AGUAGGUUCGCCUAGUUUAACCUUACAUUGCAGUCGCACCACAGUCGACAUUAUUAUGACAGAAGAGACGUCAAAAUUCGUCGACGGAUUGUAAACAAACUGGACCGGCGUGCAUUGAACACCGUCACCGCGUACUUUGUCGUACGAUAAUCGUUUUUGCACCUUUUAUGUACACACAAGCGAUCAAAAUGCCGGUUCAAAAGGAUUCCAAUAUUGUGAAAAUCGCCGUUCAGAUGACCGACCAAGUGCCGCAGCUCAUCGAAUUCAACCAGAAGCAACCUCUGACUGGAAUUAUCCAGGAAUUGUGCAAUGGAUGGGGCUUAUCUGAGGCGGAGUCAUAUUCAUUGCAAUUUUCGGAAAAUAACAAUCAGAAUUACAUCACGGAGAAAAACAGGAAUGAGGUGAAGAAUGGCAGUAUUCUCAGAUUAGAAUUUUCGCCGUCGAAAACGGCAAGUGAUAUUUUGGCUAAGCUGAAUAACGGCACACCGGAGGAGAAAGUAGCAGCUUUGCAGAAGCUGAGUACGCUUAGCAUAGAUAUGACUUUUGCAUUAGAAUUUAUAAACAAGAAAGGACUGGCACUAAUUAUCUCGCAGGUGGAAGGUGGAAAGUGCAAGGGAAAUGUACUUGCCUUUUCUCUCCAGUCAUUUGUGGAACUGAUGGAUCAUGGAAUUGUAUCGUGGGACAUAUUAGAAACACCCUUUAUUAAUAAAGUGGCGAGUUAUGUGAAUAAUCAGUCAACACCUCAGGACACUAGCAUAGUAGAAGCAUCUCUAAGUAUUCUAGAGAACAUUGUUCUGAAUUCAACUGGGAAAUAUGGACAAGUAGAGAAGGAAGUCACUUUUCCUAAUCUUGUAAUGCACUUGCAGUGCAUGAAUGCACAAAUUCAACAAAACGCGAUAGCUUUAAUAAACGCAUUGUUUCUGAAGGCUGAUUUGUUAAAGAAGCGUGCAGUUUCCGCCACAUUGCAGUCCAAACAAGUCAGAAACGUUUUCUUGACGAACAUUAUACAAUCUACUGGACAGGUUGGAGCGGAAAUGGCGCAUCAACUCUAUGUACUGCAGACACUAAUGCUGAGUCUUCUGGAACAACGAAUGAUGACGAAGAUGGAUCCGCAGGAUCAAGAUGCGCACGAUAAAAUUAAAGAACUUCGAAGAAUCGCUUUUGAUACAGAAGGUGCAAAUAGCGGUGAUGUGGCUGCUCGCAAGCAGGGACUUUUCGCCAAGGAUUAUAAGAAAUUGGGCUUCAAGUACGACAUCAAUCCAGCUCUUGAUUUUACCGAGACUCCACCAGGUAUGCUCGCACUGGACUGUAUGGUAUACUUCGCGCGUAAUCAUACUGAAGGUUACACGAAGGUCGUUCUCGAGAACUCUUGCAGAGCGGAUGAGCACGAGUGUCCCUUCGGCAGAACAAGUGUAGAACUUGUUAAAUUGCUUUGCGAGGUUUUACGCAUUGGCGAAGCUCCCAGCGAACAGAGUCAAUCGUAUCACCCGAUGUUCUUCACACACGAUCAUCCCUUUGAAGAGUUUUACUGUGUCUGCAUAGUUCUGCUAAAUAAGACAUGGAAGGAGAUGCGAGCGACCACAGAAGAUUUCGUCAAAGUCUUUUCCGUCGUGCGCGAGCAGAUCACUAGAGCACUUCAGUGCAAGCCUACAGGAUUGGAUAAGUUCAAGAGUAAAUUACAGCAGCUGACUUACUCGACCAUCACUAAUCUUUGGCAACAGGAAAGAACGAGCAGGGAAGAAUGGGAGAGCCACGCCAGGCCGAUCGUUGAGCUUCGAGAGCAGAUAACUCCUGAAAUCUUGGAGCUAAUUCAACAGCAGCGAUUAGGAUUUCUCGUGCAAGGCACCAGAUUUAUGAAGUACAGUGCCAGAGGACAGAGAAUUAAGGAUAAAUUCUGGUACGUCCGUUUAUCACCCAAUCACAAGGUCUUCCAUUACGGAGACUGCGACGAGAAGUCAGUGCCGACGAUAGACGAGCUUCCUACGAAACUAGUGGUAGUCGAGAUUCUAGGGUUGCUAACUGGCAGGGAUUGCCCGCACAUGAAAGACUUGCAGCGGCGGAAAACUACGCAUCAGUUGGCGUUCUCCUUGGCCCUGGAUUCCGUCGAAGUGACUAGUCUCGACUUUGUCGCUCCUGAUGAACAAGUUUUCGAUUAUUGGACUGACGGUAUUAACGCCUUGCUAGGAAACAGAAUGACUAGUAAGGAGGCUGAAAAUGAUUUGGAGACUCUGUUAUCCAUGGAUAUUAAAUUAAGACUCCUCGAUACCGAAGGGAUCGAUAUUCCACAAGAUCCACCCACGAUUCCCGAACCGCCGCCAAAUUACGACUUUUGUUAUGAGUUGAAGUAAAAAGCGUAAGUGGUGUUUAUCUAUUAUUAUACAAUUUAUGUCGCUAUAUAUAUAUAUAUAUUGAUUUUAUAGUCAUUGAUCUUUAGACAUGUAUGCCAUUUUAGAUUCUUUUUUCGAUCUCUCGUGUUCGUAUUAUACUGUUAUCAUAAGCUAAUCUAGAUUUUAUCUAGAAUUUUAAUUUUUCAUUGCAUAUUUUAAUCGUGUAAUAUGUCUUACCAAAGAAAUGUUUUAUAUAUGCAGAUUAUAUACAGGUAUGUUUUUUAGAAAUUUUUUUAUACAUUCCAAUUGGGAAUCGUGUAUAGAAAUGACACUAUCACAAUCAUGUUGAUGAUUUUUUUUACGAUAAUUUAAUGCUCUGAUAGUAUAGCCAGUCUGCCAUGAUAUAAUAUUUUAUAUAUUAAGAUUUUUCAUCUAUUUAACUAUGUUAUCAGUAUUUUAUACUAAUCUAUAUGACUAAGCUAUAAUGUAAUUAAUAAACUGUGAAGAACUCA